UCAAUGACUCAUUGCAACAAUAAAAACACCAUUAUUUUCCUUGACAUGCGAUUCUUUGGCAAUUUCUUGUACAAAUAACAAGUGUGUAAGACGUUAACAAAUAUGAAGUUAUUGUUGGCUAUUACUGCGGUCGUGGCUGCAUAUUACUUGCAGUGUGAAGCCAAAACUUUUACGAGAUGCGGGCUGGUCCAAGAAUUAAGAAGGAAGAAUUACCCAGAGAGCGAAAUGAGAGACUGGGUUUGUCUGGUGGAGCAUGAGAGCGGACGUCGCACUGACAUAAUCGGACCACCUAACAGGGAUGGCUCGCGCGAUCACGGCCUGUUCCAGAUAAAUGAUCAUCUCUGGUGCAACGAUUCUAAUAUUCCGGGCAAAGAUUGUCACGUCACCUGUGCAGAGUUGAGAACUGAUGACAUCACAAAGGCUUGCACGUGCGCUAGGCUCAUUUUCAGACGCCAAGGCUUCUACGCCUGGUACGGUUGGAUCAACCACUGCAAGGGUAAACCUCUGCCCGACAUUAGCAUGUGCUAGACAUUUCAUGAAUUCUGAAUUAUUUAGUUAUAAACAACCCAAGUGCUUAUUAUAAAUACGAUUACGACAUUCGAAUAAAAUAGUGGUUGACAUUUAUAAAUCUUUUAUUUUUAAUUAAUCUUUUGUUCGUAUUCUGUUACAUAUAAUCUAUA